AUGGGCAGCUACGAAGGCGAGAAGCGCGGUCGGUACCUCGCCAAUGCACCGCACAAGAACAGCGACAGCAUACGUGGCGUCCUCGGUGCGUACCUUCCGUCGGUCGCUAAACCCAUUGCCGAGCUGCCCCAGCGCCCCACGCUCUACGAGACGACCAAGCCACGGGGUGUUGAGCGCUGGCAAAAUGCGCUUCGGAUGUUGGAGGACGUCUACUGCGCGCUCACAACGAUGGACGAGCAAUCGGGUGGCGGCCGGUCCAAGGGCCUCUCUCGAAUCGGGGCGUGCAUCUUUGAGGUUCGCAACGCCGCCGACGAAGCCAUCGCUGCCUUGACCGAGCCCGAGGAGCAGUCAUGUUGA